AUGGCGUCUCUCAUUGCCGAUGUCAACACAUGGCUUUCACUUGUCAAGCAAACCGCUGACACUGCCGACACACUCUCUCUGAUCCAUCCUUAUCCGCUACAUUCACAAAUCAGCCAAGCUACAUCAUCUCCACAAAUUUCCAGCCAUUACAGCAUGGAGUUUGCGGUAGACACUCUGCAACAAGCAGAAGUUCCGAAGAAACAGGACACAGGAAGCCGCUCCAAUAGCCUCGUCCCACUUACCGGCAGCGAGUUUCCAUUCUUUUUGUCCAUGCCCACAAAGGACGACGACCUUCAGACAACCGCUCGAAAGAUGCAAAGCAUAGCCAGCGUCAUCUCCGGUGGCCGCACCCUGUCCAUGACCCCGGGCCAUGUAUCUACCCGAAAUGGCUCGAAGCCAAAGCAGAAGCACAAUGCAGAAGACUUUGCUAGACAAGGUAUGACGGGCCCGGAGAUAGCUCAGUAUGACGCAUGGAAAAUGGGUCUCAUUCAGCUUCCCACAUUUGACUGGUACCUGAACCGACUCCCAGUAGGCCCUACAGGUAUGCGAACUUUCUCACGACGUGCAAUCGCCAUGGACAUUAUCUGGAAGCGGCCGGGCUUCGCCCCAGAGCAUGCCGCCUGGCUCGCCGUCCACAUGAACUUCAUGCUACCAGUCGUCAAAGCAGUCACAAAAGUCCUCAUGGCUGCAGAAGAACUUCAACGGAACGAACACUUACAGAUGUCCUAUUGCGAUAUUGCUGAGAUGGAAAUGCUGCAGCUUAUCAACAGUACCGCCGAAGAAACCGUGACACGUGAGAGAGAGCGAAUGAGAAUGCUGAGGGACUCCAUCCACAGGUCGCAGGCAGUGCUGACGAACCGGAUAAACACCCUUGAGAAGUAA